AUGCACGUAUGGAGAACCCCGCGGUUAGACCCUGAGCGCCAUUUUCAUCCCUUGAAUCGCACAGAGGAUCCAACCCUCUUUGAGCGACUCGACAGGGUUAGCAAUCGCGCAACAACAGGCAACUUCCUUGAAACUCCACGGCUCACGGUUUCUUGCAGCGCUCGACACAGGUCAAACCCUAAACCACACAACUCCAUACCAGUGAACCGUUUCGCAACUCUGUUUCAUAUCGUACCUGAUUGGUAG